GGCUUACCAUACAUUUAGCACUACGGUCGAUCCAAGCUAAACCUUCCUUCUGACUGCAGACCAAAAGCUUCAUUUAUUCAUUCUAAUAUUUUGGAUUUGAAGAAUGUUAUGGUCUACUGUUAAUUUUCUAGGCUAGGACCUGACUUUUAUAGGAGUUUGGGAUAUCUACUAAAUAUUGAAGCAAGAAAAGUUCUUGGACUGAGCAUGGAGACAUAUUUCUUUAUCAGCAACAUCCAGAAGAUUGUUCUCUAUGAAACCAAAGCUCGUUUUUACGUCAUAGGUUCAAACAAUGCUGAAACAGAAUUCAGAGUUUUGAAGAUUGAUCGAACAGAAGCUAGAGAACUACUUCUUACAGAUGAUAAGAUCGCCUACACUCUCCCUCAAAUCAAAGACCUCCUACAGACGUUGCGCCAUGGCAACAGAGGAAGCUCUACUGCCACCUCCUCGUCGUCUUCAUCUUCAUCCAAUCCCAUGGCCGGAUGGUCAAGGAAUGUCUCCGCCUUCGGAAUAGCAGGCUUUGUCAAGUUCUUAGAGGGGUAUUACAUCAUCCUUAUUACUAAAAGAAAAAAAGCUGCUAUUAUUGGAGGUCAUACCAUCUACAAGAUAGAGGAUACGACUAUGGUGCACAUCCCUCACGAUAACUACCGCAAGCAACACCCCGAUGAAGCAAGGUAUCUCAAGAUGUUUCAAAAUGUGGAUCUAUCAAGCAAUUUCUACUUCAGCUACAGCUAUGACCUGACGCAUUCCUUGCAACACAAUCUCAGUGCUUACCAAAAUAAAGAUGAAUUGGGGAAUCCCCGGGCGGUACCCAUCCAGACCAAGCCCAAGUUUGCCUGGAACCACUUCCUCUGGAGCAAGCUCCAGGACCAGGUCCAUCCCUGCUGGGCCAUCCACAUCGUCCAUGGAUUCGUAGGACAGUGCAAUGUUUGUGUCUUUGGUAGACCGGUGUUGAUCACCAUGAUAGCUAGGAGAUCUGCAGAGUAUGCCGGCACUCGAUUCCUCAAGCGUGGAGCAAACUCAGAGGGAGGAGUUGCUAAUGAAGUCGAAACCGAGCAGAUUGUUCAUGAUGCUUCCCUGUCUGAGUUUAAGACUGGACGCUUCACCUCGUAUGUCCAGCAUCGUGGUUCAGUGCCAGCCCUGUGGUCUCAAGAUGUCACUACGAUUGUACCCAAACCACCAAUCAGUAUUGACAUGGCUGAUCCCUUUGCCCAUCUGGCAGGACGUCACAUCAAUGAUCUCUUCAGUAGGUUUGGAGCUCCUGUGAUUGUUGUCAAUCUUGUCAAGAAACGAGAAAAAAGGAAAAGGGAAAGUCACUUGACGGAAGCCCUCACUGCUAGUCUUGCCUACCUGAACCAGUUUCUCCCGCCCACGCACCAUGUACAGUAUAUACACCUUGAUAUGGCAAGAUACACCAAGAAUAAGCAUGCUGACGUAAUGUCAAGACUGGAGAAGAUCGCUUCAAGUUCAGUAGAGAAGACUGGUAUCUUCCUAAGCGGACAUGGUAUCCACCCAAGCAUACCUGUCAGAGAGGGUGCAAGGACUAAUAUACCCCAGGAGGGUUCUUGUGAACAGAUCUUCAUCAGACAGAUGGGUGUGGUUAGGACCAAUUGUGUAGACUGUCUUGAUAGAACCAACACAGCCCAGUUUGUCACAGGAAAAUAUGCCCUCGGCCAUCAGCUUUACUCACUUGGUGUGGUUGACAAUCCCCUGCUUGAGUUUGACUCAGAUGUUGUCAGAAUGCUAGAGGAUUUAUAUGAAGACAUGGGAGACACGUUAGCCCUGCAGUACGGCGGCUCCCAGCUUGUACACAGUAUCAGUACUUACAGGAAAAUAGCCCCAUGGACAUCACAUUCCAGAGAUAUCAAACAGACUUUGUCACGCUACUAUAGCAAUGCAUUCUCAGAUAAUGACAAGCAAAGUGCAAUCAACCUAUUCCUUGGGGUGUUUACACCAAGAGAAGGACUUCCAAACCUCUGGGAGUUGCCCACCGACUACUACCUGCACCACAGUGAUGCAGUCGGUGCUGGAACAGAAAAGAGCUGUGCUCAGUGGUAUGACAGCAGUGUCUUGGAAUGCCUUCCCUUGCCACGAGAUGAAGUCAAGAAGACAAUCGUUAUAGAAACCGCCGACAUGAACCACCUCCCAGAGGACUGCAUUGACAUAUAUUUUGACCUCUAUCGUCCAUCCCAGUUGGCGUUAUUGGACGAGAACUUUUUCUUCAAGCUGAUCCCGCACUCACUGAGGCACUACUCAAGCAGAGAUUCAAAGGAAUUGAGCCCUUUUACAUCGAGAGUUUCUCCCCAGAGCAAGAGAAGCGAGGAGAACAGUUCCAAGUCCAGUCGAGCCGCCAGAGCAGGCACACCCAAGUCCUCAUCUGAUGAUGGUUCAAGCUCCUAUGGGACAUCGUCCAGUAGUGAUGAGACGUCGGAUGAUAGCUCCAUGGAUGGAGCACUAGGGACCGCAUCCUCAUCAUCACCGACUAUGAAGGAUAUGUUUCCUACAAUGAAAGAAGUGUAUGGUGUCAAAAUCAAAUCACCAGAGAGAAAGGAUGUGGCAUUGUAUCAGAGGUUUUCAGCUGUUGGAAUUAACUCUAAACAAGAGGUGAUGUCCCGACAUUCAGACGUCUCCAAUUCCCCCAUCAGAAGGUGCAUGAAGAGAGCCACUAGGAUAAUCCCGAGUAGUGUUUUCUCCCUUGACACCUCUGUGAAGGUCACGCCGCCGACCGUGGACAGAGUGUCGCGUUCGAUGUACGAGGCCUACGUGCUUUGCGGAGCCAACGGUCCGAGACCCUGUUUGGCCAAAGACCUGAGUCGAUACAGGGAGUACAUUCGGGAGCCAAGAUAUCACUGAUGGGCGGAUAGAGUGUCUCGUUCGAUGUACGAGGCCUACGUGCUUUGCGGAGCCGACGGUCUGAGGCCUUGUUUGGCCAAAGAUCUGGGCCGAUAUAGGGAAUACCUUCGCGAGCCAAGAUAUCACUGAUGGGCGUUCUUUCAGUAAUUUUUCUUUCCAAUUUCCGACGGCGUCUCACUAGCUGGAAUCCAGUGUUCUGAUAAUUGGAUGUUGGGAAACUGAUUUUUUUACAUUAAAGUGCACUCAUUGUUAAGGAAAAAUCCACACCGAAAACAAGUUGAUUUGGAUAGAAAUAGAGAAUCUAGAACAGUACAUUUAUAACACUGAAAAUUUCAUCAAAAUCAGAUGUAAAAUAAGAAAGUUAUGUUUUUUUUGUAAUUUUACUGUAGCCCAUUUCUUUUUGUUGACAGCUUGUUUUUCGAGGUCUAUGAAUAUGGACCUUAUAAACUGGUACCUGCUGAAUAUUGUUGUAUUUGCCAAAAGUGAUAACUUGUGGCAAUUUUACCGAGAAUCACCUGCACUGCUCACAGCAAUGAAUAUGUGGGAGUAUACGCAGGUUAUCAGCCUAGCUGUUUCAGCUAUUCUUUGUUAUAUUAUAAAUGCAAGAGCAUUUUUUUUUUUUUUUUUUUCCAAUUCAUUAAAAAAAGUUGAUAUCAUAAUCUUGUACAAACAAAGAGACAAUAAAAAUUAAAACAUAUCAUUAAAACAUAAAUAAAUACAAGCAAAAGUGAUAAUCAAAGUUUUAUUGCCAGAUCAUUGAAACAAUAUAAAACAAGACGAAAGAUUUUGAAAAGAAUUCUGUGCACCAAGUAUUCUCUUAGCGACUUUCUUGAUAAAUAUCAUGUGACAGAAUUUCAAAGCUCACUUUUUUUUCCUUCGUCUUUCCUACAACUCAAAUAUUAUUUUAGGUCCUUUUGGUACCAUGAUCUUAGUGAAAUGUAACCAACUGCAUAGACCCGCCCUACUUGCUCUAAAAGGCACGGUAUUGACGAAUGGAAGAUCCCAGAUAGGAAUCCCACGGUCCCAAAAUCAGUCCGGUUCAGGGAUAUGACGCAUUAGACAAUCAAAGCAUCAAUAGGGAGCCAUCUGAUGCCAUCUGUCUUUUGUUCUAUGACAGCUCCAGUCUGCCUCCCUUCCUCUCCUGACAACGCCUCCUUCGAAAGUGUGAAAAAUCUUGUUGUUCCCAUCGAUUUAGGGGAACAAAAGAGGUGUUCCUGAUUGCCAAACAAGCAUUGUUAAGGAGAUUGCAUAUUUGGCUGGAUGUCAAAUGCAUGGUGACAUGUGUGCAGUACGUGAUCCCUGGUGUAUGCGCUGUUUAGUGCUAGAAAGGCAUUGCAUGAUAAUUAUCUGACCACGUAUUUGAGAGAAAGUGUGUCAAAUGAAAGAUCCUUGUGUGCUACAAUUUGGUAGUAUAUUCCUGUUUCACCAUACAUGCAGUCACUGAAAGGGCAAAAAAAUAUAUAAAUGCCAUAGUUUUACAAGUUUUAUUAACUUCUAGCACCAUCUUUUAAAGCCACUUUGAAACUCAAGAACCUGAGCUACCCAUUUAGUACCUAGACUCUUAGUCAGGAGGCAACAUUCACAUGUUGUCUUAUGAUAAAUGCACACUAGAACAAUGAAUAAUUUUUUCUGAGCUCACUUUACAGCAUUCAUACCACAACAUUCGCCAAGUUAAAAUGUGACCUGCGACCCCCAAAGGCAAACCAACAAUAAUUCAACCUUAAUUUAUUUCAAGAUUUUUGUUUAAAUGAUAUCAAACUCAUCAAAAUUGAUCAACAUUAGCCCACCCAAGUAAUUGAUUGAAUGUCAUUUAGAAGAAAUUCAGUGAGAGCUUCCGAAAUAAAGGAGAAGCAGUGGCUGUACUCGACCUAGGUGAGGUGAAUGGGUGCCCAUUACUAUAAGACAUUCAUGCCGCUUUCACACUGAAGGCGAAGUGGAGUUACUCCGGAGUAACUCCGGAUUGAGUUGAUACGCUUGUACUGCGGACCGACUUACGCCCCCUUUCAAACUGGCAAGCGCCGCAGCGGUGUAUCCGCAGUCGUUUCUGUGGUUUCCAAGCGAGUUUGCGCCUUAUGUGUGGCGCGCGGAAUCUCCUUCAUGCGGAAAUGAAUGAGAUAGGCGAUACUGCACUUCCGGUGUGGACUUGCUCCUUUUGUAACCCUCUUCUCAAAGUGGGUUGAGUUCUCCACUUUGAAUCCAGAUCAAAGUAAUCCUAGAAUUUUCAUACUGCCCUCCAAAGUGGAGUAACCCCUUCUGGACUCCAGAGUAACUCCACUUUGGCUGUCACUAUGAAAGUGGCUUCAGAUCGGUCUAUUUACUAGAACCCAUAUUGUCACACCAUUUUAAGUCACAAAAUAAAUAUUUUCUUAGGAUUCUUAUUUGCAAGAAAACAAAUUACAAGCUGCAAGAAUCAAAUAUCAAAACCAAUUUCAAAGUCAAUUUCGAAUAUUGGUUUGACUUUUUUUUUUGCAAUUUCCUAAUGCUUCUCAUAGAGUUUAGAAUAUAAAUGGAAGUCAUUUAGAUUUGUGAUUUAAAGAUAAUUUUUAUCACUUUCAAGCUUUUGAAAUAAUCAUGAUGUUAAUCAAGAGAAUUCAAAAAGAGUUAAAAGAUUCUUGCCAUUUUUUUCUUCAGAAGAGAUGAGAUAUGUGAGGGCAUAGUGGUCUAGUGGUUAUGACUCUUGUCUUUCAAUCUGAGGGACGUGGGUUCGAUUCCCAGCCAUGGCGUGUUUUCCUUCAGCAAGAAAUUUACCCACAUUGUGCUGCACUCAACCCAGGUGAGGUGAAUGGGUACCCGGCAGGAAGAAAUUCCUCGAAUGCCAGAGCGCCUGUAGGUAGCUGGGCUAUAGCCGGAAAAUAAUAAUAAUAAAAACAUUAUUGUAAUGUGCAGUUGAGUAUGUGUACAUAUAGAAAUUGCGCAAUAUAAAUGUACAAUUUAUUUUUUUAUUUUUUUGCAUUUGUUUUUGCCAAAACAAAGUGUAUAUGAUACUUUUUAUAUUCAUAUCUAAUAUUCAUCACUUUUCAUUGAUAAUGAUAAUUGCUAUUCACUGAUAAUUCUGAAAAAAAGUAUAACUUCAUACAUGUAGCACCAGUAGAAAAACCAGAGUAGAAAAUGAAUGAUCAUUACGUGUUUAUAAAACGAUGAGGGAAAUACAUAACGAUCAGCAUGUGUCUCAAUAUAUUCUCUGGGGGCGGUUCGUUUAUCUGGUAUCAUUCGGGGGUAAUCUGUCAAUAUUAUCAGUAUUUUCAGGUCUUUCGCCAGAUAAUUAAAAUGCAGCGAGUAAGUACGCCUCUUCCGCCUCCAUUUAACCUUUUUUUGCCUGGAGUUUACAAAGUUUGCAAGUUCAUGGCUGCACCAUCCAUCGAACUUCAUCAGCCUUUUUCACACAAUGCAUAGGCGAAUAGUUGCAAAAACAAAAAAUGGACACGCCCCCUUCCAAUGUACAUGUACCAUAUUCUCUGUGACAUGUACAUGUAUGUACACAUACUCCCCCGACACGCCCACUUUUCAACCUUGCUAUGUCCUAUUGAGAGUUAUGAGAGUUAUGCAGACAGUCAGCCCCCAGUCAUCUAAAACAGAGAGAUUUGCAUACACCCUGCCUCCUCGUGUUUGCACUUCCUUGAUUGUUUUAGAAGGUAAUCAACACCAUCUCAAGAUCAUCCAAUUGUUAUGGGGUAUGCCGCCAUGUGUUCUUUGUAUCUUAUUGUCUGGGUGUCUCUUUCAUCCUUCCCCUCCAACCAUAGUUGGUCUGUCCUUCGUACCGGCUGUGAAAAAAAAAACCCAGGGAUUCAUGGAUUAGGUGGGUUGUUGUGGCCCAGUGGAUUAGUCUCCAGACUCUAAAACAGAGGGUUUUGGGUUCGAAAUAACUUGAAAGGUAACUUUCCUCCUAUAAUUUUUUUACCUCUAUAAGACUGAUUUGCCCACAAGAUUUGGGUUCAUAGCAUUCCAAAUCCAAAGGACUCUUUCAGCUGGUAAUUCAAUAAUUAUAAUUCCUUACUGGGUCAGACAGUAAUGUGUAAGGCUUAUAAGCCGAUGGUCAGUUAUUCUUUUAUUUUGCUCGAAAAGGGUACCACUAUACAAUUCUGUCUGAAGGCAAGGUUUCAGUGCAUUGUUUGCUGCUAUGCUAGGCAGCCCACGUUGCCUGCCUGCCAGAUCCUUGCAGACAUGGUGUAGGUGAACAUUGAUUAUUUGUUGCCUUUUUAAAAAAACUUGCAAGAACUUGUGCUUAUGAGUGUGACUUCUGAUGAUAAUGCCCCUUUUGAUGAAAUAAAUUAUUCCUUUUUAAUCCAACAUUGCUUUUACUUUUUCAGACCUUCGUGUAGCAGGCAUUGAAUCAUAGUUUUUCGGACAAGCAGUCAAAGUUACCAACUACAUCAUUUGCUAACAGCUUACUAUGAUUGGUGCCCAUAUCUACUAUCGUGCUUUUCUAAAGCAACCCCUUUUAAGGAUACAUUUCAGAUCUUUUCACGAAAACCACACUAGAUGAAAUACAAAUAGGGCUAUCUACACAAAUUAUUUAUUUUUAUAAACUUUAUUUUCAUAGUAUGGCUGUGCAAUUAUUUUUCACUCAUUGUUAUCAUGGAGAAUUCAUGUUAUUAUCUAUUGAUGCUGUAACAAAAUACAAUUAUAUAUAUUUGAUAAUUAUAAAAGUUGAUUUUGCAAAAUAUUUAUUUAUACUUUUGUUUAUGUUAUAAAGUUUUGACCUUUUUUUUUUCUUUUUGAAAUUU